UAUCUGAAGCAUCAAAUUAUUAGUAGAAAUUAUAUACCAAAAGUGGCGUUUUCAAGUAUGAACAAUAUCAAAUUAAUAUAAACAUUACUUUAAUCACAUGAAUUCUAUCAGAUAAUUAUGUUGAUUAAAUGCUUUUAAUAGGGUAUAUUAAUUAAUUUUCUUGUAAUAAUAUUAUAUUUAUAAUUGACAUACUAAAAAUUUUCCAAUAAAAUCUAUUCCCGUAAAAAAAAAAAAUACUAAAUAAAAAGAGAAAAAGAGCGGGCAAUUCAAGUACAGAAAGUGUUUGGUUUGCUGGGUUUGUUUGGAUCAGAGCUGCAAAAAGAAAUAAAUUUCAGAUGCACUGCCCAUUGAAACCUUAAAACGGUCGAUUUUAACUUGAAAAUUUGAAACGAACCAAAGAAAUAAGAGAAUGGAGUUUGACGACGAAGACUGGGGUUUAAGCGCAGAAGAACUCGACUCCCUUGAGAAAGACGCUUACCGGAAGGUCGCUCAACAACAACAGCAGCACCAGCAGCAGCAUUUCUCUUCUUCUUCCCAUAAAACUCAGCCCACACUUUUUAACACCACCAAACCCAUCUUUGAUUCUCUUUCAAAGAAGGUGGAAUCUUCGCCUUCUAGAAACAGAGUAUUACCCUCUUCGGUCAUGUACAAAGGAAAGCCUGAUGAAAGCUUAAAGGAUUUCCCAAAGCAAACUGUCAAAUUUAUUUUUCAUGCCAGUGGAAAUAUUGCUGCUAAAUUUUCAUAUGACUCGGUAUUAGUAGCUGCAAUCCGUAAGGUCCCCAAGGCCACUUGGAAUGCAAAAGAAAGAUUGUGGAUUUUCCCUCUGUCCUCUCUGUCAUCAGCUGAAAAAGCUCUAUCUGAAAUAUCCGGUUCUAAUAUUGAGGUAGAAAACCUAGAUCCCUUGGUGCAACAUGCUAUUGCUGCUGCUUCUACUGUUCCAGACCUUCGAGACCGGUAUGACAGGAUACCUAAUUAUAUUGAGUCAAAGCUUCUGCCUUUUCAGCGAGAUGGUGUUAGGUUUGUGUUGCAGCAUGGAGGGCGUGCUCUCCUAGCAGAUGAAAUGGGACUAGGAAAGACUUUACAGGCUAUGGCUGUAGCAGCAUGCCUUCGUGAUUUCUGGCCUGUUCUUAUAUUCACACCAUCUUCCCUGCGUUUGCAUUGGGCUUCAAUGAUUCAACAAUGGCUGAAUGUUCCUUCAUCAGAUAUACUUGUUGUUUUAUCACAAUGUAGCGGAUCAAACAGAGCUGGGUUCACAAUAUUAUCAUCUAAUACCAAGGGCAACAUUCAUCUUGAUGGCCUAUUCAACAUCAUCUCUUAUGAUGUGGUCCCUAAGCUACAAAAUGUUCUAAUGGCUUCUGAGUUUAAGGUUGUGAUUGCAGAUGAGUCGCACUUCUUGAAAAAUGCUCAAGCAAAGAGGACAACUGCCUCUCUUCCAGUUAUAAAGAAGGCUCAGUAUGCAAUGUUACUUAGUGGAACUCCUGCUUUAUCCAGACCAAUAGAGCUAUUUAAACAGAUCAUAAGCAUUGAUGCGUUGCAGCUGGAAGCUUUAUAUCCUAAUGUGUACAAGAAUGUCCAUGAAUAUGGUAACAGAUAUUGCAAGGGGGGAGUUUUCGGUGUUUAUCAAGGUGCAAGUAACCAUGAAGAGUUACACAACCUGAUGAAGGCAACAGUGAUGAUUCGCAGACUUAAAAAGGAUGUCCUUUCUGAGCUUCCUGUGAAGCGUCGACAGCGAGUUUUCUUAGAUUUGGGUGAAAAGGAGAUGAAAAAAAUAAAUGCCUUAUUCCGCGAGUUGGAGGUGGUAAAAGGAAAAAUUGAGGCAUGCUCAUCUUCAGAGGAGGUUGAAUCACUUAAGUUUUCUAAGCAGAAUCUUAUUAAUAAGAUAUAUACUGACUCUGCUGAAGCCAAGGUCCCUGGUGUUUUAGAUUAUCUGGGAACUGUCAUUGAGGCAGGUUGCAAAUUUCUAAUAUUUGCUCAUCAUCAACCCAUGAUUGAUGCAGUACAUGAGUUUCUUCUUAAAAGGAAAGUGGGUUGCAUUCGCAUUGAUGGCAGCACCCCCCCAGCAUCAAGGCAAGCAUUAGUUACUGAUUUCCAGGAAAAUGAUGCUAUAAAGGCAGCAGUGCUGUCUAUCAAAGCUGGAGGUGUUGGAUUAACUUUAACAGCUGCCAGCACUGUUAUUUUUGCGGAAUUGUCUUGGACUCCUGGUGACCUAAUUCAAGCCGAAGACAGGGCUCACAGGAUUGGACAGGUUUCUUCAGUCAAUAUCUAUUACCUUCUAGCAAAUGACACUGUCGAUGACAUUAUAUGGGAUGUAGUCCAGAGCAAGUUGGAAAACUUAGGACAGAUGCUUGAUGGCCAUGAGAACACCUUGGAAGUUUCAGCCAGUCAGCAAAGAACCAGCCCUGCGAAGCAGAAAACGCUAGACUCUUAUAUGAAGAGGUGUAAUAAUGUGGAUGAUUUGGAAUAUCAGUCCAAGUCCAAAUACCGUAGGCAAUGAGGGACUUACAGCAUCAAAUGGUAUUAUAUCAUUAGAACUUUGCAUUGAGUUCAAUAAUUGAAAGUUGAGAGAGUGGCAAUGGAGAUAUUAGCACAGCUUUUGGCAGAAUGGGGACAUGAUAAUUGUCUUUGCUGGCAUUUUAUGUUAUUUUGUGAGGAAGAACAUGUCAAAUCUCAAAUGGAUGGGCAAAUACAGAACAAAACUCAGAUAGAGGCUUGUAAUUUUUUUUUUUAAUUUUUUUUUUAAUUUUUUUGGCUUGGGGAUAUUCUUCAUGUAGAAACCAGCGCUGGAAAUUGAGGCCUUUUUAUAUGUGCAAGUCUUGGAAGUUGGUAGGCCAUUUGAGGAAAAUCCUGUAGCAGUUGUAGCAUUCAGUGGAAGUAGCCUUUGGUGGGUACGAAGGGUCUAUAUAGUGCAUCUGAAACUGCUAAUAGGUGCCUGCGAAAUAUGUGUAUGUAAUAUGAAAUGUAUGCAGUUAGAAGAAAAGCAAAUUAUAGCUCAGAAGCUUGUUUGUCCUUUUUUAACUCUUGCCUUGGGUUAAUUUUACUUUUCUUCUUCAUGCUGA